AACUCAAUUACAUCCACCCAAAAUCGACGUCGCUGGGCACGAUGACGGCGUCGCUUCGACGCCGUGUAAGACGAUGGCGUCUACUACCGCUCGUCGAGGGUCCGUGCGCGACCCAGAUUUCCCACGUCUGCGUCUGACAUAAUAUCCCACCGCCCACGUUCUCCUCCGUCCGUGCUCUCCUCGUUGCUCCGAAAGCUUCAGCACUACACUCUCUUAUAUUUUGGUUACGAUGGACAUGGAAUCACAACAACAGCUCAUGCAGCAGCCUAUGAUGGGUGACCAACAGCAGGAAGGUGGCAUGGAUGAGUCGUACUACACAAGCACUGACGACUCGACGUUGACGGGCGGGCUGCCCAUCAACUUGGAUUCACUUCGAGACGGCCCACCUGGCACGAAGCCGUUCUACCCGUAUUCGACGCUGAUUCGCUACGCCAUCAAAGGUUCGCCUAAUCAGAAGCUCCUGCUUGAAGAUAUUUACUACGCUAUUGAGUCUCGGUUCCCCUAUUUUCGAACGGCACCGGCUGGUUGGAAGAACUCGGUCCGCCACAACCUAUCCUUGAAUCCAUGCUUUGAGAAGCUUCCUCGCCCACUCACUGACCGAGGCAAAGGCUCCUACUGGGUGGUGAACGACAGUGUCGACCCCCGGACAGGUGUACAUCGUGUGCGCAAGAAAAAGACCAAGGGCGCAAAGGCAGGGAGCGGGAACAAGUCAGAUGGCGGUGAUGGUGAUUACCAGCCACCUUCUGGCUUUGAGGAUCCGAAUGCGUACGGUACUCCUCCUAUGCCAGGGCCUGACACCGACGGCAGUCCCAAUAGGGCACCGCCAGCGCCCUUUCCCCCCUACCCAACCCCAUUCGAUCCCAAUUUUCCUAUGAUGGCUGGCAUGCGAUUUCCCAUGCCUAUGCCGAUCUCACCUGACGAAGGUCUUGAGAUGGACGAGCAUGGCAACAUCAAUUGGCACCACGCUUGGUUGAAGGAGAUAGGUCAUCUGCAGCAGGUUACCCAGGAACAGGAGAAGGCUGGCGCUGACCAGGAAUGGUUCAGGAUGAUGCUGUUCAAGGUUCGGUCUGCGCUGAUGCCCCCCAUGCCUUUGGGGCCCGAUGGAACGCUACAGAUGCCUCCGCAUAUGAUCCCUGCUCAUGCCCCGGAGGAUCAGAGUCAGAUACAAGUAGCGCAACAGGUGCAAUAGGAAGGGAAAGCUGUUUAUUAAGUUUUAUUCGUGUUCUCCAUCGCUGUGGAUAUGCUUUCUUUUCUUUUUUACUCAACUCGAUUGUACAACUAAUUGUUGUUUCGGUACUAUGGAUACUGCAUUCUAUUGAACAUUGGUAGAGAGAUUCUGAAAUACAAUGACUGUUAGGCUAAGUCAACGGGCUGACGUUGCUGUUUA